GCAUGAACCAAAUGCCAAUAAAGAAAACAAACCAAACCAGAAGAGAGAGAGACGCACUCAAAGAGCUCAAUCUCUCUGUUUUCUGUAAUGAUUUGAUGGUAUUGGUAACUAUCCAUCAAUGGAAGAUGGAGACUGGGUUCUGGUGGAAAACCUCAUGAAUUCAAUACCCAUGGUGGACUCUGAGACUUCUAAGCCGUUAAAAGUUACGUUUAAUGGGCCUGCCAAGAGCUGGACCGAUGCCAUUCCGAUCGGUAACGGUCGUCUCGGUGCUAUGGUGUGGGGCGGCGUCUCUUCUGAAAUUAUUCAGCUGAAUGAGGAUACCCUUUGGACAGGAACUCCGAGUGACUAUACAAACCCUGAUUCUCCAGAGGCAUUAUCUCAGGUCAGGAAUCUUGUUGACAAUGGAAAAUAUACUGAAGCUACUGAAGCAGCAGUCAAUUUGUUUGGAAAUACUACUGAAGUUUUCCAACUCCUUGGUGAUAUUAAGCUACAAUUUGAUGAUUCCCAUCUUGCAUACUCUGAAGAAACAUAUCAUAGAGAGCUAGAUUUGGAUACUGCAACUGCUAGAUUACGAUAUUCUGUGGGUGAUGUAGAAUAUACCAGGGAACAUUUUGCAUCUAAUCCUGAUCAAGUGAUUGUGAUCAAGAUUUCUGGAAGCAAAUUAGGGUCUGUUUCCUUUACAGUGUCUCUGGAUAGCAAGCUAGACCAUCAUUGUUACAUAAAUGGUGGAAGUCAGAUUAUAAUGGAAGGAAGUUGCCCUGGGAAAAGAAUCCCUCCAAAAGUGAAGGAAGGUGACAAUCCAAAGGGAAUUCAGUUUUCUGCUGUUCUUGAUUUACAGAUUAGUGAUGGCAUAGGUAUCAUACGUGUUUUAGACAACAUGACAUUAGAGGUUGAAGGUUCAGAUUGGGCUUUGUUGCUUCUACUGGCAUCAUCUUCAUUUGAAAGCCCGUUUACUAAGCCUUCAGCUUCAAAGAAAGAUCCUACUUCUGAGUCUCUUCGAGCUUUGAAAUCAACAGCAAAUCUUUCAUAUUCUGAUCUAUAUGCCCGUCAUUUAGAUGACUAUCAGAAUCUUUUUCAAAGGGUCUCAUUUCAGCUCCAGAAAAGCUCCAACAAGGUUAGAGAAAAUGAGCCUCUGGUGAUCAAUAAUCUUAUGCCUUUUGCAAAUGCUGUGAAUUUGAAGGGGAACAAAGAUGAUGUAGUUCCAACAGUUCAAAGAAUAAAAUCUUUUCAAUUCGAUGAAGAUCCUUCACUAGUGGAGCUUCUGUUCCAGUUUGGUCGAUAUUUACUUAUUUCUUGCUCACGCCCUGGAACUCAAGUGGCAAACCUGCAGGGAAUAUGGAACAAUGAACUUGAUCCAAAAUGGGAUUGUGCUCCUACCUUGAACAUCAACCUUGAAAUGAAUUACUGGCCUGCACUACCAUGCAACCUUAGUGAAUGCCAGGAACCACUGGUUGAUUUUAUUAAGUCUCUGUCAGUAAACGGAAGCAAAACUGCACAGGUAAACUAUCAAGCAAGUGGUUGGGUGGCACAUCAUCGGUCUGACAUAUGGGCAAAAUCAUCAGCUAGUGAAGGAAAUGCUAAGUGGGCAUUGUGGCCAAUGGGUGGGGCCUGGCUUUGUACCCAUUUGUGGGAGCACUAUAAUUAUACAAUGGACCGGGAUUUUCUAGAAAAUGAGGCAUACCCUUUGUUGGAAGGAUGUACAUCAUUUGUGUUAGACUGGUUGAUUGAAGGGCCUAGAGGAUAUCUGGAAACCAAUCCAUCAACUUCUCCAGAACAUUCAUUUAUUGCUCCAGACGGGAAGAUUGCCAGUGUGAGCUACUCAUCAACCAUGGACAUGGCAAUCAUAAGAGAAGUUUUUUAUGCAAUUAUUUCUGCUAGUGAGGUUUUGAGCAAAAGUGAGGAUACUCUUAUUCAAAAAGCACGUGCAGCUGAACCAAGGCUUCGUCCGACACAGUUGGCUCAAGAUGGUUCUAUUAUGGAAUGGGUAAAAGAUUUUGAAGACCCAGAAGUGCACCAUCGACAUCUUUCACAUCUAUUUGGCCUGUUUCCAGGGCAUACAAUAACAAUUGAGAAAAAUCCAGACCUAUGUAAAGCUGCAGAGAACACACUCUAUAAACGAGGAGAGGAUGGUCCAGGUUGGUCAACCACCUGGAAAAUUGCUCUGUGGGCACAUCUACACAACAGUGAGCAUGCAUAUAGGAUGGUUAAGCAUUUGAUUAAGUUGGUGGAUGAAGACCAUGAGAUAGGUUUUGAAGGUGGAUUAUACAGCAACUUGUUUGCAGCACAUCCACCUUUUCAGAUUGAUGCCAACUUUGGCUUUACAGCAGCAGUUGCAGAAAUGCUGAUCCAAAGUACCUUGAAUGAUUUGUACCUGCUUCCUGCACUUCCCCAUGAUAAAUGGAUAAAUGGAUCUGUAAAAGGACUAAGGGCACGUGGAGGGUUGACAGUCAAUGUGUGGUGGAAAGAAGGAGAUCUCAAUGAAGUUUGUGUUUGGAAGAAGAAUGGAAGUAGCCUACAUACGCUGCAUUACAGAGGAACGUCAGUGACAGCAACCAUAUCUUCUGGCAUAAUUUACUCAUUUAAUUCACAGUUAAAAUGUGUAAAGGCAUGGUCUAUACCCAAAGAGGGUUCUCUUUAGUUUGAUACGCUUUUCAUUCCCUCGUUAUUGAACCAUUACAUCUUCAACGGUACUUGGGCAAUGUAAAUGGUUUUUUAUGCAAAUGCCAAGUUUGUGUUUUGAUUUUGUA